AUGUCUUCCCCUAAGAACACCUCCAUUUCCCCAAACGCAGACACCAAGCAAGCAGACGACUUCGUCAAGGUUUGGAAACCGAAGCCGGAAGGGUUCCAGCAGAUUGAAGCACCGAAGAUGGAAGAAUUCGAGAACAUUGAGAAGCCAAAGGAGGAGAAGUUUGAGUAUAUCGACCGACAGAAGCAAGUGAAGGAGAAGUUCAAACAUGUUGAGCUACCAGAACCGGAGUCUCCUGUGGUGGUAAAGAAACCCAAGGACGAGGAAUUUGAGGUGGUGGAGAAACCGGAGAAUGUUGCGGUUGAUGGGAUGGAACGGAAAAUGUAUUCGGCUCUAAAUUUAGGCGAAGGAGCCGGAAAGUGUCUUCGCUCAGGGCAAGAGCAUGGAGCAAGCAUUCAUGACCAUGAUCAACGCUUUGCAAGCGCCUGA